CGCAUGAGAACGUCAACGGCGAGUUAGUACACAGGCUAAAGGCUAGCGAGUAAACUGAAGCGUCUUGCUUCUUAUUGUUUACUAAGUCUGAUGUUGUAGCAUUAUAUCAGAUUUAGAGUGGUGCUGUGUAGAUAGGGAGGGGUUUCAGUUGAAACAUUAACUAUUUACUUUUGUUCUUCUAUUGGAAACACGUACACAGAUGGCGGCUACAGUGGAGGAGUUGUAUCGAAACUACGGGAUCCUGGCCGACGCCAAGGAGGAUCUGAGCCAGCAUAAAGAUGCCUACCAGAUUAUUUUAAGUGGCGUGAAAGGAGGCCCGAAGGAGAAGCGUUUAGCUGCACAGUUCAUUUCAAAAUUCUUCAGCAGUUUUCCAGACCUGGCAGAUGCCGCGAUUAAUGCUCAGUUGGAUUUGUGUGAAGAUGAAGAUGUGUCGAUUCGAAGGCAGGCCAUCAAAGAACUUCCGCGCUUUGCUGCUGGAGAGAAUUUACCCAGGGUAGCAGACAUCCUGACUCAACUACUGCAGACAGAGGACUCAGCAGAAUUCAACCAAGUAAACACUGCCUUAGUCUCCAUAUUCAAAAUAGAUCCAAAAGGCACACUUGGUGGACUUUUUAGCCAAAUUCUGCAUGGUGAAGAUGUUGUACGAGAUAGAGCAAUAAAAUUCAUCUCCAACAAACUGAAAACAAUUCCAGAAGACACCAUGACUAAGGAGGUAGAGGAAUACAUCCUCACAGAGACAAAAAAGGUUUUGGAGGAUGUGACAGGAGAAGAGUUUGUGCUGUUGAUGCGGGUGCUCUCUGGCAUGAAAAGCCUGCAGACAGUCAGUGGAAGACAGCAGUUGGUGGAGCUGGUGGUGGAGCAGGCCUUUCUGGAACAGGCCCUUAAUCCUGCUGAUACCGACAGUGUAGAUCGCCUGCUGCAGUGCACACGCCAAGCUUUGCCGCUGUUCUCGAAAAAUGUGCAUUCCACUCGAUUUGUGACAUACUUCUGUGAACAUGUUCUGCCUAAUCUCAGCAUGCUCACCAGUCCUGUGGCAGAGUUGGACAUUCAGCUUGAAGUUCUUAAACUGCUGGCUGAAAUGAGUCCUUUCUGUGGCGACAUGGACAAACUUGAAUCCAACCUUACAAUGUUGUUUGAGAAACUACUGGAGUUUAUGCCCUCACCACCUGAAGAAGAGAAUGGGGAGAACUCUGAAAGUGAGGAGCCCAAGCUCCAGUUCAGCUAUGUUGAAUGCUUGCUCUUCAGUUUCCACCAGCUUGGUAAAAAGUUGCCAGAUUUCCUUAUUGACAAGAUUAAUGCUGAAAAAUUAAAGGACUUUAAAAUCAGGCUGCAGUACUUUGCAAGAGGAUUACAAGUGUACAUUCGACAACUUCGUGUGGCCUUGCAAGGCAAGACUGGUGAUGCACUGAAGACUGAGGAAAAUAAAAUCAAAGUGGUGGCUUUAAAAAUCACCAACAACAUCAAUGUACUCAUCAAGGAUCUUUUCCACAAUCCUCCAUCCUACAAGAGCACAGUAACAUUGUCUUGGAAACCAGUACAGAAAACAGAGGCAGCAGCUGUGGUCGGACAGAAACGAUUAUCUGGUGAGGAUGUGAACACAGGAGCAAGUCUAAAGAAAGCACCGACAUUGCCUAGAAGGGAUGCUCGGCAAAUAUACAACCCCCCUAGUGGAAAAUACAGUGCUACUAUUGGCAGCUUCUCUUAUGAACAAAGAGGUGGAUUCAGAGGCGGACGGGGUCGAGGCUUUGGAGGAAGGGGAAACAGGAGUCGAGGCCGAAUCUACUAAAGAUGGGCUACAUACAGUUUUUAGAUUUCCAUUAAACACACCUGAUGGACUGCA